AUGGCCAUUUUCUCCCUGCAAGACGACCCCGCUGAUUCCUACCAAGACAACCCCUUCCACUACCUCGUUGGCGCUGUGCCGGAUACCGGUUCAAGCGCAACUACAGAGUCGUCAGAUUUCAGCGCCGCAAGCCGAUAUCCGCCUGAGCUGUUCCACACGUUUUACACAAAGAGUGGAGAUGCGGCAAGGCCGCUUGGCUCGGCGACGGAUAUCUGGGCGCUGGGGCAGGUGAUGUGGUGUUUACUCACCAAUCUUGAGCAUGGUGGGGAUUUCCGGCCUCGGUGGGAGAACGAGGGCGGUGGUAGUGCCGAGGGCAUAAGCCGUGUUUUUAUAAACGACGGUGAGAAGUACGGGAGGGAGGAUCUGGAAGAACGGGUUUUCGGUGAGGACACGGUGGCGGGGGGAUACAGUGCGGUGUUGAAGGGAGUGGUGAGAGAUUGUCUGAAUUGGGAUCCUUGGGACAGGCCCGGGUUAGAAGAGUUGAAGCGCAGGAUUGAGGGGGCGGUGGAGUUGAAGGGGACGAGGGAGUUGUUGGUGAGGGUUCCGGGGGAUGUAGAGAGGUGGCUUGUUGGGGGGAAGUGGUCUGGGGAGGUGGUGCAGUAG